AUGCUGACCUCAUUCCAAAUCUUCUUUUUGUUUGCGACCUUCAGUCAGUUCAUUCUUGGGAUUUUGGGGAAUAGUUUUCUUGGGAUUAUCAAUUGCAUCCACUGGAUUAAGAGGAGCAAGAUUUCCUUAUCUGACUUCAUCAUUAUGAAUCUAGCCUUCUCCAGGAUCAUCCUGCAGUGUGUGGUCAUUUUUGAUGCCACCAUCUUGGUGUUUUAUCUUGAUUUCUACUAUGAAGAGCGAUUAAGUCAAAUUCGUGAAACUAUGUGGAACCUUAGUAACAAUUUAAGCAUCUGGCUGUCCACCUCCCUCAGUGUCUUCUACUGCCUGAAGAUUGCCAUUUUCUCCCACUCUGCCUUCCUCUGGCUUAAGUGGAGGAUUUCCCAGGUGAUUGCCUGCAUUCUGCUGGCCUGUGUGCUCUUCUUUUUCUCCAAUGCAGCAUUACAGAUCCAAAAAUACAAUGUAUAUUCUGGCCUCCUAAAAAUGAGACUCAUGACAAACUAUACUGAAAAUGUCAGAAGAAAGGAAAGAGAAUUUUAUGUGUGGCACCAUCUUGGUCUCCUGGGGACAGUGAUACCAUUCAUGAUAUCCCUGCUCUCCUGUCUCUUACUCAUCCUCUCCCUGAGGAAGCAUAUCAGGAUGAUGGGGCACCAGGUCAAUGUGACCAGAGAUGUGAGCACUAAGGCCCAUGUGAGAGCCACCAUUGUAAUGUUUUCCUUCCUCUUCCUCUUUGUCUUUCAUUUUGUCCUCCUCUUCAUUGGGGCAGCAAGCACUUUCCUGGCAUAUGCCAAGAUGAUAAUGAUUAUAGAGUUGGGUGCCCCUGUCUUUCCCUCUGUGCACUCAUUUAUACUCAUUGUGCAAAACAAAAACCUGAGAGAGGCAUUCCUGAAGUUGCUGUGUUUGAAGAAGGGCUGCAUGAAAGGUGGGGGCAGGGGAUCCUUCACCAGCUAG